UCUACAAGUAGGCAGUUGUCAGGCAAUGGGGGUGGACAGGCGGCAGAGAGCCUCGGCAGCCCUCUCUCUCAGCUUCCUCUCAUUAAUCUUCUCCAUCACUGCCUUCAGCAGCAGCUACUGGUGUGAAGGGACCAGGAAAGUGCCCAAACCUCUUUGUGGUGAACACGGGGAUGGGAUCCACUGCAUCCGCUUCAACAGCUCCGGGGUGAAUGACAGCAACGUGGUUCAUUACAUCUGGGAGACUGGGGAUGACAAGUUCGUGGACCGAAAGUUUCACGCUGGCAUCUGGUAUUCUUGUGAGGAGCUGCUCAAUGACGAAGGUGAGAAAUGUAGAAGUUUUAUUAGCCUGACACCCCCAGCAGAUCGAGGGGUGCUGUGGUUGUCUAUUGCAGCAGAACUCCUCUACAUUACUUUACUUCUGAUGGGAGCCAGCCUGAUGUUGAUUGAGAUCUGUUAUUCCAUCAGCAUCCUUGAUGGGCUAAAGCUCAAUGCUUUUGCUGCGAUCUUCACCGUUCUAGCAGGUCUCUUGGGAAUGGUGGCACACAUGAUGUAUACAACUGUAUUCCAAAUGACUGUCAAUCUGGGUCCAGAAGACUGGCGCCCACAGACCUGGGAUUAUGGCUGGUCUUACUGCAUGAUAACAAAUUCUGGUGGAGUACAUGGGUGUUACUCUGUUGUCUACCACAAUCUCCCAUUGGGCAGGCAUCUGAAUGCAAGCUCUGAAGGUAACUUAUCUUAACUGAGACAAAAAAGUUUGAAUGGAAAUGGGGCACAUUUUGUGAAUAUUUUCAGAUGAUGGGAAAGAUGCAGCAGUUGCUUAGAGGGAGGGAAAGGGACAAAGGUAAUUAGCUGUGCAGGUUAGGGUAGCCAGUAAUCUGAUGGCUUUGGGAUCACGCAUAAGAAACACUGCCUCAUAUCUUAAAACAGCUUCAUUUUUAUUUAGUGACAUUGUCACAUCUGGGAGUCCCCACCAAGUAUGUGAGUGUUACAGUGUGCCCACGCCUAGUGCGGACGCAUUUUACAUGGCUUCCAACUUAUGCGGAAACCACUUGGGGAAGUAAACAACAGUGCGCGUGCCUACAGCACAUACGCACCAUUCCGCCACAUGCACGAGCACCAUUAUUUCCUUUAGGACUCGAGCAUAGGUGGAUUUUCCCUUAUGUGGGGGGAUCCGGAAUGGAUCCCCCAUGUAAGGAGAGGGCCCACUGUACUUUAAAUUUGAGGGGCUGUGUAACCAUUAGGAUCAUUAGCAGCUGUGUAUACUGAUAACAACUGAGGAGAUCUCCAGGGUUGGGUGAAUUAAGAGGAUUUUAUUUCAAAAAAUGCAGAGUGCAAUGACACACACACUAUAGAAAUUCUCACAGACACAUCAUUCAGAAUGAAUGAAAAUGAAAACAUAUAAAUGGGAUAGAGGCAUUUGAGGAGUUUAAAAGGGUGAUAUUUACCUGUCCAAAGAAUGGCUCAGGCUGAGAUCUGAGGGUGGCGAAGCUCAUACACAGAAUGCAGCUUGGUACAACUGUGUGCAUACAGAGGCUAAGUUUUUGAGACCAGUAUUUAUACCUGAAAACUAGUCUCUGGUGAUGUGCUAUCUUGUAAGGUAACAAAGGCGCGUUACAGACUGCCCAAAACAGGCGGUCUCGCGCCGCUGCUGGUU